AUGGAAUUUGUGAUGAAAAACUACAAUACCCCUGAUUCUGUACAGAAGAUUGCACCAAUCACAGAGAACAUUGUGACACUGAUUGACCUGCAGUCGCUCAAACGCAAGAGGUUCUUGUCUCGUCAGCCUUUGGCUCAGCCAUGCAUCGUCACAGAUUUAGGAGUAUUUCUUCAGCACAGACAGUCACAAGGACCUAUGGAUGUGGAGGACAUUCACAGAGAUCUAACAGAGAAAGAAUAUGAGAGACUAGCAGAUGAGACGCUGGAUGCAUUGGCAGAGUAUUUGGAAGACCUCACAGAUGAGAGCUUCACUGGAAUGGACUAUGACGUUGUCUUCUCUAAUGGGGUGCUGACAGUGAAAGUGGGCUCUGACCAUGGUACAUACGUUAUCAACAAACAGACACCCAACCGACAGAUUUGGCUCUCCUCACCGACAAGCGGGCCGAAACGCUACUAUUGGACGGGGAAGCGAUGGGUGUACGCUCAUGACGGCGUGGCAUUGCAUAAUCUGCUCUCCAAAGAGUUGUCCGUCAUCUUCAAAUCAAAUAUAGACCUGUCACAUCUCAUCCAUUCAUGAUGAGACCGAUGUGAAGAACAAACACUGUUAUAGAUCCUUUCCACACCAGUUCUCUUGUGACUCUCAUGAUCUUUUUGGUAAGACCUUAAAACUGUAGCUAGUGCUCAAAAAUCCCUUCUGGAUUACAAUAUUGCAAUGGUUUAUGCUUCUUUUUGCAUGCAGACCUACAAAUUCAGCCAAGCUGAAUCAGUCAAGCAGCACAAGCUGACCUCGGAUGCACUGUAGAGAUGAUUUAUUUGUCUACAUCAAACCUGUACGCAAUUAUAAGCUUAAAAUGCACUCAGAACAGCAGAACUCUCAUAAUCCCUGUAAACCUGUACCUGGUUAGAUUAAAACCAGAUUAAAGAGAUCACAUUUAAUGGCUCUUAAACCAGUUGAAUAAGACAAAUGGACACAGAUUGUUUUUUGGAGGCUGUGUUUAUUUGCUCGCCUGGCCCUCGUUGAACUAGGGGCUUCUGGCUAGAUGCAGGA